AUGACAGGGGCAACGUGCUCCAAAUUUGAUGACCUCCCAAUACAGGAUGGCAUUGUCUUAACAGAUCAGGAGAUAGAACAGCUUCUCCUUGAAGCUGAAGAUCGGCUCCAGGGUUGCGAUGGCGAAAGACCCAAAGAAUCUGACCAAAUACAGGCUGCAGACUUACUCUCUGAGCAAAAUUUGAUACGGAUACCAAAAUUGUCUGGCAGUACGGCUCUUGAGCCGUAUUUCCACCCCAAAGAUGAUGUAGCAUUGGUAGAUACUGCCAGGUUGCUGACUCAUGGAGACUACAAUGAUGGUCAUACUAAAAGGCCAAGCGGAGCUAUUGACGAGUCAAAGAGCUUGAAGAUGAAACCUACGGCUGGUAGUGACUGGUUUGAUCUGCCCAAAACCGAACUGACAGCAGAGUUAAGACGAGACCUACAACUUCUUCGAAUGCGCUCAGUCUUGGAUCCUAAGAGGCAUUAUAAGAAGGAGAACAGUAAAGCGCAGCCCCCCCCUUUUUCUCAGAUUGGCACGAUCAUUGAAGGUCCAACGGAGUUCUUCAGUGGGCGCAUCGCGAAAAAGGACCGUAAGAAGACAUUCGUCGACGAAGCAUUGGCACUGGAGAAGGAGACCAAACGCUUUGAGACCAAGUACAGGGACAUACAGGCCACCAAACAAAGUGGUAAAAAGGCCUACUACAAAACUCUACGCUCGAGAAGAAAUACCAGAGGGAAGUAG